AUGGAUCCUCUUUCGGGUGCAGCAAGUGUUAUUGCUGUGAUCCAGUUGACCGGAAGCAUCGCGCAGAUAUGUGGAAAAUAUCUCAAUAAUGUCAAGAACGCAACGCAGGAUAUUCAGCGCUUCCAAGAGAAGAUAACCGCCCUUGCCCAAGUUCUUGGAUCUCUCGAUGAUCUGAUCCGUGGAUCCGAUGGCAACAAGCUUAUUGCUACGCAAGACCUGGUGGGCAAUAUCGGCAAGUGCUUCUCAGCACUUGCAAAUUUGAAAGAGAAAAUCAACCCGGAAACGACGCAGAACCCGAUGAGGAAAUGGGGCCUCCGAGCUUUGAAAUGGCCGCUAGCUCGGUCGGAGGUAGAUCUUGCGGUCAACGAGCUCGAAUGGUACCAAACAACGUUUACCUUAUCCUUGCAGAUCGAUCAAACAAAACUUACCAAGUCGAUCCACAAAAAGAUAGACCUCAGCAGACUACGAACUGCAAAACAAGCAGCAUUCGACUCCUACGAUAAUCAACACAGUGAAUGUCUCCCGGGGACUCGGAUUGACCUGCUUCGAGAAAUCGAAGACUGGGCAACAUCGCCACACGGAAAAUGCAUAUUCUGGUUAAACGGGAUGGCUGGGACAGGAAAAUCAACAAUCUCCCAAACAAUUGCAGGCCGUCUUCAUGAGAAGCAGCUUCUCGGGGCGAGUUUCUUCUUCCGAAGAGGCGAAGAGGAUAGAGGAACGGCAAAAAAGCUUUUCCCAACCUUGACUGAGCAACUAGUCAUCAAGAUACCUCGAAUGUUGCCGCAAGUUCAACAGGCAAUUGAAAAUGACCCUGACAUUUCGGAAAAGGUCUUGAGAGAACAAUUUCAAAAGCUCCUACUAGAUCCACUUUCUACAAUUCAGCUGCACGAAGGGAACACACGAAGAGUCAUCGUGAUUGAUGCUUUGGACGAAUGCGAUUCGGAGGAUGACAUAGGAAUUAUUCUACGGCUCUUACCACAAGUUCAAAAGUCUACCUCCUUCCAACUACGGUUUUUGUUAACAAGCAGACCUGAGCUACGGAUCAGGCUAGGCUUUGAACAGAUCACCGAUGCCUAUCAGGAUUUAAUCCUUCAUGAGAUCAAAAAGCCAGUGAUAGAGCACGAUAUUUCCUUAUACUUGAAAAAUCAGUUCCUACACCUACAACAAAACCGCUCAUUACCACAAGACUGGCCCGGAGACGUGGCUAUAAGGAAAUUAGCGGAAAGGGCCGUCCCUCUUUUCAUUGCAGCUGCUACGCUAUGUCGUUUUAUCGGUGAUCCAAAUUGGAACCCUCGAAAGCGACUUAAAGCGAUACUAACAGACAAAUCAACCUACGUGACCAAGAUGGGUAGCACAUAUACUCCUGUGCUAACGCAACUUCUCACUGGCCAGGAUGAAACAGAGUCACGGGAAUUGCUCCAAGAGUUCAAAGAGAUAGUCGGGGUGAUCAUUAUUCUUACCAAUCCGCUCUCGAUCAACUCCCUUAGCCACCUUAUCAACAGAGAGUCAGACGAUAUCAAAUGUCGAUUAGACCAACUCCACUCAGUGCUCAGUGUGCCAAACAAUUUCGACACACCAGUCAGGCUCCUUCAUCUAUCAUUCCGAGAUUUUCUUUUAGGCCACAAAGACGAAAGCAAAUUCUGGAUUGAUGAAAAACAUGCCAACCAGCGUCUUGCAGAACGAUGCCUUCAGAUCAUGCAAGACAACCUAAAGAAAAACAUCUGCAAACUGCCAAGUGAAGGCACGGAAAGGAAUGAAAUCAGCAAUGAUUUGAUUGAGCAUUAUAUACCACCUGAACUAAAAUACGCCUGUCGAUACUGGGCGCAUCAUCUGACACAAUCCGUGGACUUAUCUGCCAUGAUGCACGAAGCUUAUUCAUUUCUCCGGGUGCACUUUUUGUACUGGGUGGAAGCAAUGGGACUACAUGGCCUUACGUCUGAGGUAUUAGGUAUUCUUGAUCACCUCAAAAAUGCGAUAUCGGAUAAUGUGUCCUCCACGAUUUCCGAUUUCAUUUACGAUGCAAAGCGCUUUAUUCUGAGAUUUCGCCAAAUUCUUGAUCAAGCCCCCCUUCAAGUUUAUUCUGCGGGACUGAUAUUUGCACCCCGAACGGGGAUAAUUCGUCAAGAGUUUAAGCGGUUGCUUCCUAGUUGGCUAUGUCAGUUACCAGAAGCUGAAGAGGGAUGGAGUGCACUCACCCAGACUCUCGAAGGCCAUUCAGCCCCGGUUGACUCGGUGGCCUUCUCGCCCGAUGGCCGCCUACUAGCCUCCGGCUCCGGUGAUAAAAUAGUACGACUCUGGGACCCGGCAACCGGCGCGCGCAACCAGACUCUCGAAGGCCAUUCAGCCCCGGUUAACUCGGUGGCCUUCUCGCCCGAUGGCCGCCUACUAGCCUCCGGCUCCGGUGAUAAAACAGUACGGCUCUGGGACCCGGCAACCGGCGCGCUUACCAAGACCCUCGAAGGCCGUUCAGGCUGGGUUUUCUCGGUGGCCUUCUCGCCCGACGGCCGGCUACUAGCCUCCGGCUCCGAUGAUAAAAUAGUACGACUCUGGGACCCGGCAACCGGCGCGCUUACCCAGACCCUCGAAGGCCAUUCAGACUGGGUUCGAUCCGUUGCCUUCUCGCCCGACGGCCGCCUACUAGCCUCCGGCUCCGAUGAUAAAACAGUACGGCUUUGGGACCCGGCAACCGGCGCGCUUAUCCAGACCCUCGAAAGCCAUUCAGACUGGGUUCGAUCCGUUGCCUUCUCGCCCGACGGCCGCCUACUAGCCUCCGGCUCCGAUGAUAAAACAGUACAGCUCUGGGACCCAAUGACCUGCGCGCUCACCCAGACCCUCGAAGUUGAGGAAGCAAUUACCACGCUUGAAUUUUCGCAUAUCCUAUAUCUCAUCCACCUCAUGCGACCCCACGCAUCUCUAUCGAGCACUACCAAUGGAUAG